CGUGCGAAAGAGCGCCGCGCCGCGCCCCGUUUCGCCAAGCAGCCCAGCGGAUACUAGGCCUGCUUUCCCGUCGCAGGUCUCUCCACCACAUGCGACCCGGCGACUCCUCUCUCUUCGCCUUGCUUACUGACUGCGUUGAUCAUCUCAAUACGUCGGUCCACGCUCGCUGACUUGUUCUGCCCUUUCACGCUCGCUGACAUGUUUAACGUGUAAUAUAUCAAAGUCACUCGCUAGAGGGCACAAUUGAGAUCUUGUGCAGCUGGACCGAGACAAGCCUCAGCCUUCCGACGACCAGGCUCAGGAUCUGCCGCGCAAGGCUGCUAGGCACUCGCUCGAGGUUGGACUGUCUGGCGAGACGGUCCAGUUCAAUAUCGAAUCAUUGACAUUGCCCGUCUCUGAAUGUGACAGAUGGACGAUCGCUGUGGGUACGCAGGACUUCCCGACGAUACGGAUCCGAGCCGGCCGCAUGGCAGGACGUCCUCGGCCGGCGAGCUGCAACCAGCAGCGUACGGUUAUCACGAAGGAAUGCAGAUACCAUUGACGUGUGACAUCAAACCGCGAUUGACGAAGGAGCAACAUGACGUGCUGGAGAAGCAUUAUCAACAGCAGUCGAAGCCGAGCACGACCACGAAGCGAGGUUUUGCGGAGAAACUAGGUGUGUCAUUGGAGAAGAUCAAUAAUUGGUUCCAGAACCGAAGAGCCAAGACCAAGCAGGACCAAAAGAAGGCAGCCGAUGCGCAAAAUCUCUUUCUCUCACAACAGCAGAGGCAAAUGACAUUCUCAUCCGACUCAGACACUUCGUCCGGACUCCCAGCGUCAGACUACUUUGCCAUGUCUGAUGGUCUCGGCAUUACCGGAACGCCGUAUGUUGGACAGUACGUCAACGAUUUCGACGAAGUAGCACCCCAUAUCGCUACAGGCCGCCAAUAUGCUCAGCCUCAGACUAUGCAGCAAUAUCCGCAAAACGAGAUGUUCGACAGCCCGCAAGAUCUGAAUAGGAGGACGUUAACACAAGAGUCCUUCGACGCAUUGGCAAACGGUGGCACUUUGCUCAAUGGCUCAGUCGGGUUCAAUGGCCUACCGAACGGGUUUGACAACCAGGGCUACCUGGCACAGUACUUUCCGGAGCUGCAUCACGGAACUGUCAAGCAGCAAGAUGCGCCUGUCACCACCGCUGACAUGGCUAUGUCUAUAUCCAGCCACGACUCGAGCAUACCGUUUUCUCUCUCCGAGCGAUCAAUGUCAAUGUUUCACUCGACCGCCGGCCCAAGCAAUAACAGCAGCACGUCGUUGGCGAGCUCUGACUGGACGGACAGCAGAAGCUCGUCUGUAUCCGGGAACCAAUCAGAGGAUCCGUUUCACCAGAUGACCCCUUCGCAGCACGUUUCCACGACGGUCCCACCAUGGCAGCCCGGACAGUCUAAGCCUGUGGACUUCAACCAGCUGAAACAGGAGUUUGGGGAGCUGGAGAAGGCUAGGACUUCUCCGUCAUCUUACCACGCUCACGAACAGCCACUAGCUUGGCCUGCUGAUGACGCGUAUGCGCGACGAGACUCUCAGACAACAGCGAUGCUUGCGCACUCUAUGAGCAACGUUGGCCUCCACACGCCUCAGCCUUCCCAACACUCGACAUUCAAGACGCCUGCACCGCCUGCGAACAUCGCUGCACGGCGCCAGCGAGCUCGACCGGCACCUCUUGGUCUCAAUGCCAUGCGAAGCGCUUCGUACAGUGCGCUUCCUCAGCCUGUCUCUCCUGGUCAGCUACCACAUAGCAGUCUUACGCCAGGUCAGCCAGGCCUGCGCCGCAUACGCUCGUCAAACGCAUUUAAUGGUGUUGCGCAAGGCCGUGUCCAAAAGCCCUUGGUAGGAUCUGCCCAGCGCUCGCCUCUCGCCUGGACAUUCACGGACGCCAUGAGUUCUCCAAAGGCCAUACGUCACUCAUCCUUACAAAGCACCGGCAGUCUUGCUCCACCAACACCGCUUUCGCCAGGUGAGUUCUCACAUGCUGACCACUCUCGAGCACACCCCGGAUGGCAAGUGUCUCUACCUACGAAGCGCGAACCGAGCAUCAGCGAGAGCGAGUUUGAGCAUGGUGUUCCGUAUAUGCCAUCGGCAUCAAUGCCGCUGCAGAACGUGUCUUCACCGCCUCAUACACCUAUGUUUCACCAGCAUGGUUCUCUUCAGCAUCGCAUCGGCGGAGAUCUAAUGUCUGAGAGCACGCCUCCGCAGUCUGCGCCUGCGAGUCAACAAUAUUUCCCAGCGAACGGGUUCGCCAUUCAGCAGACUCCAUUACAGCAUAUGCGGUCGGCUACCCCCCAAAUGCAAGCAUUUGUGCCGCCGCAGGAGCAAUAUUUCAUGAACGCCAACGCAGCCGAGCAACCAUUCGCUGUGCCUAAUCCUAGCAUGAGUAUGAACCAACCAAGUAUGGCUGUCCCACAUUCCACGGCAUCAGGAAUGCCGGUGCAUUAUCCACACAUACCUGUAAUCAGUCACGCAACCAACGAUAUCCCGAUGGUACCGACAACCCACGUAAUGCAACAUACCUCCCCAGCGCAGUCACACCAGCUUCAAGCGCACCUUCAUCAGCAACCGCCGCUCCUGCCGCAGCACCAUGCUGCACAACCACCUCAAGGACACUCUUUCGAGAACAUGGUGGGAGUCUUUCCAACCGUCGCCCCUGCGCCCGUGGUGCAAGUUACGGCACAGGUACCAAAGCAAUCGCAGCCGCAACAGCAACCCAGCGAGCUCUUCGUACACGAGUAUAGCCCGCCAGCGGAGCUAAAGCGCGCCGCAAUCCCACGAAAACUGGUGGAGGCGGCGCAGCAGCACAAGAACUACAUCUUCUCGAAUCAGACCGCGACCAGUUUUGAGGAGAAGGCCAGAAGUCGUGCCAAAGCUGCUGCCGGUGCCGAUAACACUGCCAGCACCAGCACGGGUUCGAGCAGUCCCUGCGAGUAGCGCUGGUGCCAUGGCCGCGAUGGUGAGAAGCGGUCAGUCCGGCGGCACACAGUGCAGGCGUCGGAUACCGCGGCGGUUUGGCACGUCGCUUCUUCUUUAACCUCUUGAGUGAGAUCAACAAUGGUCACCUGAUGCCCUUCGGAUGACGUGCAUCUAAUGCAUUGUAGAGUCGGAUGAGCAACGAUUAUACUGAGAAGCGGGGGGUGGGAUCUAAUGCGGGAUGAAGGGGGAAUAACGAUCAUGAUCUAUACCACUAUUGUAAUAUAUGGCUUUAUUUGUUGGGUAGCCUGAGCCCAGCGCACGCGGUCAUCAAGCUGCGCGUGCCAGCGAGAAAAGCUGGUUCGACUCGUGUCAAUAAUGAUGACCAUUCUCGACUCCAGUUCGGUUGUAUCCCCUCCCAAAGUAAGCCUACGCUAGCGACGGCUAGACCCGCGACAGUGACCAACCUCC